AUGUGUGAUUAUUACCUUCGGCGCAAAGACCGGAAAAAUAUUACAAUUAAAGGCUUAAAAGCCACCACGUCUUCUUUUAACACACCGAAUUCCCUCCUCACUAAUCACGAAGCCUUCGGUGGACUAAAAUGCAAAAAAAAAAUGUCGAGGUCAUUUCCGUUGUGUUCAACCUCGUCCGCCGUCAUGUGGUCCACAUUUCAAAGAAAUGAAGCCUGCGUCGCGAUGAUCUCGUGCUGCGUCUCCGAAAGCCGCUUCAGGCCGUGCUCGGAUGGCCGCUGCGCGAGCUCAUCGUCAAACAUCUCCGUAUGCCCCCACGUCAGGUGGAGAAGCUGA